AUGACAUGGAAUCAUUCAAACGUCCAAGAAGUCGUCCGCUAUCGCGAAUUAGGGUUGGUCGGACAUUCUCAUGUUAGAACUGUCUCGCUUGAUGAUCGCUUGGAUUCCCUUCGAAUCCUUCGUAAGCAUUCGCUCACAAAUGCUUCAUCUCCAGUAUCAUGCAUGGAUAUCGACAGGGUGGAGAACGCAUUUCUGCUGUGUGGUGGAAUUUCUGGAGGGAUAUACUUAUCUAAUCUUCUUGUAAGCGAUUUCUUUGAAGGAGAACGAACAGAAAAAUUUACUUUACCUGCAUCAUUUAAUCAUAAACAUUUCGUGAGUAGUUGCCAGUGGUACCGCGACAUCCGUCUCUUCGUCUCAGCCAGCUCUUCUGGUGAAUUAACGGCUUGGGAUCUUACAAGCCUUUGCGCCCUGGAAUCGUACAACGUUUGUGAAAGUGGGAAAUGGCGACCUCUGCUUCACUGGAACGAAGUUGACAAGGCGAAUCCACUCAUAGCUGUGACAAACGGGUCGAACAAUGUUCCUUUGUAUGAUUUAAGAGUUGGAGAAUUGGCUCAAGAAGUGAGGUGUGCAAAGGGAAAAACUGUGAGAGCUGUGCGCUGGCUGCCAGCUAAACAUCAUGUUUUGUUCUGUGGGGACAAUAAUGGACUUCUUUCUGUAUGGGAUAUCAGGAGUAAUCGGAAGGCGUUGUCAUCGACACUCACCAGAAACAAUAACAGUAUCAGAGGAAUUCGUUUAACUUCUGAUGGCUAUCAUUUGGUUCUGGUGUUAUAUACCGGUACUGUGAUUGUUUAUGAUGCCGUCACUAUGGAGGAGCUGGGGGUUUACGAGUUUCGAACACGGAGGAAAUGGACUGAAAAAAUGUCGAAUGCUCUUGAGAACUUCACUAUUGUUGACGAGGGAUCGUCAGUGAGAGUGGCUCUUCCUGUUGGAGAUGACAUCGACUGGAUCAGAUUCUCCAAAGGGUUUCGUCAAGAAGCGCAUGUAUCUUUUAUCUCUACACUUUCCGCACAUUUAUCCAGAGUAAAUGCUUGCGUCUACCGUAACGGAUCGCAGCAGUUAUACUCCGCUGGCGCCGACCGCAAUGUACUUUGUUGGGCUCCACAAAAUGACAGAAGACGUCUUCACCUGGAAGCGGAGUCGACAAAGAAGUCUAUCGUAACAAAUGAUGAGUGGAGUGACGACGACUGA